AUGGAGAACUUCUCCUCUUCCCCUUCUCCCUUCUCCGCUAGCUCUCCCGCCGAGCUGCUUGGGAACGGCACUGUGCACGAGCACUACUCGGGCCUGCAGAGGAGCAUGCACGUCCUGUCCAUGGUGGUGUACGGCGUCGCCUGCCUGCUGGGGGUGACGGGGAACGGCCUCGUCAUCUGGAUUGCCGGCUUCAAGAUGAAGAAGACGGUGAACUCCGUGUGGUUCCUCAACCUGGCCAUCGCCGACUUCAUCUUCACCUUUUUCCUGCCCCUCAGCAUUGCCUACACCGCCCUGGGCUUCCACUGGCCCUUCGGGAAGCUCCUGUGCAAGCUCAACAGCACCAUCGCCUUCCUCAACAUGUUCGCCAGCGUCUUCCUCCUCACGGUCAUCAGCAUGGACCGCUGCGUCGCCGUGGCCUUGCCCGUGUGGUCGCACAACCGCAGGAGCCCGGAGCUGGCGGCCAGGAUCGCGCUGGGCACCUGGGUCCUGGCUCUCCUCCUCAGCUCCCCGUACCUCGUCUUUCGGGACACGGCCGUCAGCCCCAGGAACAUCACCAGCUGCUACAACAACUUUGCGCUGUCCGACGACUACACGUCCGAGGCGACACGGGCGCUGUGGAGGAUGCGGCUCAAAGCGAUGAUUAUAACCCGGUUCUUAUGCGGGUUCCUCAUCCCGUUCACGGUGAUUCUCAUCUGCUACAGCGUCGUCGCUGUCAAGCUGAGAAGGAGGCAGUUAGGAAACUCCGCGAAGCCGUACAGAAUUAUCAUUGCUGUCACCGUCUCCUUUUUCCUCUGUUAUUUUCCCUAUCAUGUCUUCUCCUUGCUGGAAAUAUCCAAAAACUCCUCCAGCCAUGAGAUGAAAAUGGCCCUUUACAUAGGGAUCCCCUUGGUUUCCAGCCUCGCUUUCUUCAACAGCUGCAUCAACCCCAUCCUGUACGUGUUUGUGGGGCCGGAUUUCAAGGAGAAGUUUCGCCAGUCCAUCCUGGCAGCCUUCGAAGGGGCCUUCAGCGAGGAGUCCGUCCUGGCCAGCCUGGCCAGCCGGCGGAAAUCCAGGUCGGCUUCGGAAGCGGAGAGCUCGAGGGCCUGA